CUCGGUCUCUUUUAGUUGGCGACAGUGUUCCUUCUGAGGAGGGUCUCCUUCACUCUGUCCAUAUUGGAUUCAAUAAUAUAUCUCGUGAGUCCAACAGGUCGAUUAAGAUAUUCUUACGUUCUUACAAAAACGUGACGAUGGCAAGCUCCUCAAAGGAACAUACUGUCAAGCCAACAAACACGAACAAAUUAACAACGACUGAAAUUAAUCUUCUUAUAUCCAUGAAAGGUGUAAGAAAACGAAGACGAUUAGAAUCUCUGACAACGAACUCGGAAAUCCCCAAGAAAACGCAACGACGCGACGAAUCAUGCAAUUGCAAUUUCGCGAUACUGAAAGAAAAAAAUAUUGAAGGCAUAGAAGAUAGAAAAAUCUCAUCAUUGCCAUGUUUGAGAAAAAAAUGUAAUCAGACUGUGUCAGUGAACUCACAGGACACAAAAACAUCACGGUCUUGCGAAAUAGACGUGAAAAGAAGUGAUGUUCCUAGAUUGAGAAAAACAAUACAAUGGUUAGAGGAGGGAGCGCGAAAUCUACGCGAAGAUUUGGCGAAUGUACGAACAGAGCUACAUGAGCAACGAAAAGCAGCGAAAAUUGCCAAGAGGGAAUUCGAAGCAGCCCUCAGGGAAGCUAGAAUCGCUGAGGCUGCCAAGUAUCAAUUUAUCGUAACCGAACUGAAGACUAGAAUCGCUCAUUUCGCGCCGCCAUUUUCAUCGCUGUUGCCGUUGCCGUUUAAAUCGGAUUCCGUGAAAGACGAGAAUCAUGUGCGUGAAUUAUCGAUUCUAAGAAAAAACUUAUCUGAAGCUGGAAGUACGAUACAAAGAUUCGAGUGGCAAUUUAUGAAAUCACGAACGAACACCUCUCGCAAAGCCAAUGAUACUUCUUCCUACAACGAUGUACGCCGUCUAGAAGUAAAAAUACGAAAUCUUCACGCCGAAAACGAAAAACUCGAAGAAAAAUUGCGUAUUGCUCUAAAUGCCGAAAAGAUUCGUAUUGUUGAAACACGAGUUCAACGAGAGAAUCAUGAAACAGAGCUUUCCGCACUACGAAAAUUGCAUCGCAACGAAACUAUAAAAAUGAUGGGUGAACUACGAAGCAAGAAUCGGGAGAUUGAAAAGUUGUCAAAACUCUUAAAACGUGAAAAGUUGACACCGAUGGAGUACAAUACGAUGCGGAAAUUACGGGAAAAUGAAAGAAACCGACCAAUACAAUCGACCAAUGCAUCUUACAUGAAAAAGAAAAUUUUCCCAGACGAUGGCCAUACGGUGGAGUCAUAUAUUCGGGCAGUAGAAUCUGAUAAAGCCAUAAAUGAAAUCGAAGUCGAACGUCUUCGUGAACUUGCACUUGAACAGCAGGAAAUCAUCGAAAAACUUAAACAGACAAUUAAGGAAAAAGAAAGAAAAUUAGAGCAAUUAUCAAACAAGAAAAAGAAGGAGGAGUUUUAUAAACAAUGGCUUGAAUUGGAACCAGUUGCCGAAGUCGAUGACGAAGAAGAUCAUGAAGAUGACGACAGUGCUUUGUCCAGUGCCCCAUCUUCGAUGUCACCGCAGCCUGGAGGCUACGGUCAAUGGCAGAAUAAUGGUAUUACUAAAGAAGCAUACGAGGCCAUUCUUGUCGAGAUCGAAGAGUUACAGUCAAAAUUUCUUAAAGAGCAACGGGAAUUUUCGUAUGCCAAGAUUCAAAUUUGUGACUUGGAGAAAGCACUCUUACAAGAGAGAUGUGUUGAUCGUAAUAAGGAGGUGAGCGAGCUGAAUGAUAAACUUCGAGCUGCUGAGGAACGAGAAGCAACACUUUUAGUAGAGCUUUCAGAAAUACGAGAGCAAAAUGAGCUCUUGGAAUUUCGAUUGCUCGAAUUAGAAGAAACAUCUGUGCGUAAAGAUAGUCUUGAUCACGCAGUGGACAGCGGCAUCAUUUCGCCGGAACCUGUUCACGCAAACAAAACUCAUCUAACAAACCAACAGAGAAAUCGCGCUGUGGCGACUGUAAUACCUUAUACAAACAACACUACAUUAGUGAACUCUGUGAAAUCCGCGUCACCCGUGUUACCGUGCAAGCCUCCACUUACUCUUCAGGAGAGCGGUAUUUUUGAGGAAGAGGAACAUGAAGACGAAAAAAGCUUACUCGAAGUUGAGUUUACCGAUCGUAGCACUCAAACGAAUGUACCAUCCGGCGAACUUCUUCAGGAAGUGCAGCGUCUCCAGGAGUUAAGAGCUCGAAUUCAGGAACGUGCGGCUAAGAUUACAACAUCGAUUUUUCAUCCAAUUGAUUCAUCUAAGAUCUAUUUCGAUGUAUCGGCAGUGGAUUCAAUAGUUCAGUUGACUUCCUAUCAGGAACGCAUUCGCGACCUCGAAGAGAGACUUGAGAUUUACAAGAAAACCGAAAUGGAUGGAGAAAGAGAGAAGCAACUGUCGAAACAAAGAGAAGAGGAGUUGCUGGAUGAAAAUUAUAGACUUACAGAAAAGAUAUAUUGGUUGGAGAAUGAGUUACGAAACAUCGCGAAGUCUAAGUUCAGGGAAAAUGGACAUAAAGAUGGAAAACCUAUUACGGAACAAAUAAAAAAUAUGGAGCAUAAUAGAUAUCAAAUUCCAGAAACUUUAGAGAAUUUGGAAGAUGUACAAAAUCGGCUGAAAAAUAUAAAUUGCACGCGAUCUACUCAAACCGUAGAAACAUGGAUGAAUAUGAUUGUGUCUCGAUGCCAAGAUCAGGAUAACGUGGAUAAUUUCGAUCAGCGGAGUGUCUUGGGAGCGCAGUGCAAUGUCACGCUUGUAUCCCUAGAAAAGAAGAAGAAAGAAGAUAAAGUGAAAUUACCUGAAAUCGAAGAACCGAUCGUUAUUGAUUCCGAAUCGCUUACCAAAAACGAUUCGGAAAAGAAGGUUAGACGAAGGCGAAUUAAAAAUAAUGAAAUACGACCCGCGAAAACAGCGAGAAUGACAAAUGUCAGAUUUACUCGUGAUGUUUCUUUCGAACGAAAAAGUUAUCCGUUAGUCUUAUAUCAAGAAAUUUGCGUGUAACUGUUAUGGCCGUGUUGUGUCGAAUUUUUAAUAAUGAACUAUAAUAAAAUGGGCAUGAUUUAGAAAAUUCGAUAAUGUUUAGUGAGUUUUUACUGUAAUUUCAUUUUCACAUUGAAAAAAGUUAGGCUUGCGUUGUAAAUGAAAACUAGUGCUUGCCCGAAUUGAUGUAUAGUUUUGAAGAGAAGAUGGAAACUUUUUCGCGCGAUAGAGGAACAACGGCUCCCAGAAAAUAAUGUCAAACAUGAAGAAGACCGAGGUCGUGGAAAAAAGUGUGGAUGAUGAGGAGGUGAGGGGAAGAAGGAGAAGAAAAGUUAACCAACCAUAUAUCUACUUUACGUCUUUGAACCAAGUGAUCUACUUUCGUUGGAGAUAAAAAUGAGAAAAAGCUUUCCUUCGUCUUUCAUCGUUCCAAAUUCCGUUUAUUUAUCCGACGAGUUCCACGGAAGAAACAAUAAACCCAUAGAUAUGCCCUCGUGGCACGAAUGA